GAUGUAGGAAGCCAUUCAUGCACGCAGCCUAUCGGUGAACUUGGUUGGCCCCUCGAAGACUGAAGUGCAGAGUCUGUAUUAAGAUCUUACAUGUUGUUCGAACUCGCGACUCAGCGUGUGUUAUUCAGUGAUCAGUUCAUAUUGCGAAGAUAUUUUACCGUACCUGAGAUCCGAUUCGGCUCACCGAUAGUGCCUGACUUCGGGAAGGUAUGCGAUGUUGCGGUGAGGCUAAAUUUUCAAUGUUCAAGAAAUCGGCCGAGUUUUGUCAGCCAUUGUUGUGAUUAAGGUGAAGACUUGAUACACGAAAAGAAAGAGAUCAUACCAGUACUAAAUUGUGUUGAGUCCGUACGCAUGCGCAGUUUACAUUACGCAAAGAGAUGUUGAUGUUUGAACUGAAAAGAUGAAACACUUUUCGGGGAAUCGUUGCGGCAUGAUGCACCUUGUGUUUUGCUCACUGAUAAGCAGAAGUUUUACCUCGCGGAGGUAAGAGGAUAUUGCGUGCUAAUCCAAGAAAAUAAUUAAUGUCAGAAGCAAUUGAGGAGCGGGCACUAAGGUUAUACUCAACAGCUGAUAGGAUGAAGAAUGCCAGAGCCAAAGAGACAGAAGAGCAAGCUGCUCUUAGAAGGAUGCAAGAAGCACAGAGAAUGGCCAGGCACCGAGCUAAGAAGAAGAGAUGUCUUGACGAAAACUUAGCCAGAGAAAUAUCGAAAAUCGCAGAGCUUUCAAAAAUCCCGGACGCAGCGACCAUUGCUCAGAUGUCAGAAAUGAAUAUGAAUAAAAUUUCGGCAGAGUUGAAGCAAAUGAUGGAAAGGGGUAAAGUGCCAGAGCAUAUAGUUCAAAUGGCUCAGCUUGCUGAAUUUAGCAAAAUGACAGAAUUACAUAAGAUCUCAACGGACAUGGGAAAGCGGUACGAGAUGGAGAAGAUGGCAGAGUAUGCCAAGACGGCGGAAUACAUAAAAAUGCAGGAAAUAGCUAAAAUGAGCGAAAUGGUGAAGCUAUCCGAGAUGGCAAAGUACAAUGAUAUAUCGAAAAUGAAUGAGAUAGCUAAGAUGAAUGAACUGAUGAAAAUGUCUCAGAUGGCUAAAAUCAAUGAGGUUCAACGGAUGAAUGAGAUAGCAAAGCUAAACGAAAUGGUAAAGAUGACUGAGAUGGCGAAGUACAACAAUGAUAUUGCCAAACUAACAGAAAUAGCUCAGAUCAAUGAAGUUGCCAAGGAAAUUGCCAAAAUGAAUGAGAAGACAAAAAUGAAUGAGAUGAUGAAGUUAGCUAAUGUUCAGAAUGACGUUACGAAAAUGCCCGAGUACUCAAAAAUGGCAGAAAUGGCCAAGCUCACGGAACUUGCCAAGCUUAACGAAAUAACAAUUACAAAGUUGAAUGACCCUACUCCUCCUAAGAUCCAUGAUAUUCCUCGUAUUCCGGAGCCUGUAAUUAAUGUACCUAACCCACGUAACCUGCAGAGUGUUCAAACUGUUCAAACCGCUCAAGCCAGCCCGUCGAGCACGAUAAACUUUCCGUCGGUGCCUGGGCAAGGAAAGUACGCCCAACUAUUGGUGAUAAUAGAAGAACUUGGACGAGACAUCCGCCUCUCAUAUGCUGGAAGCCGCAGUGCCGCAGAGCGGCUUAAAAUGGGUAUUCAACAUGCCCGGAUUCUUGUCCGAGAAUGCCUCCUUGAAACUGAGCAUAACGCUAGGCAAUGAUAAAUCCACAUUUGUGACCGAUACCUGGUUCGUAUUACCGUACGAUAACCGUACCGUAAUGCUUACAACAAAUCAAUUAAAAUUCAGUUUUAUAUUCUUUGCUGUUUGGGUAAAUAUUACUUUUGUCAGGGCCACAAGGGCGUUCCUUCAGCCAGUUGAGGUGGCUCAUCUAAAUCUGAUACACCUGGAUAUGGUUUUAAUUCUGUGGGAACGUACCUUCAUGUGAGCUAUGGAACCAAUUGUAUACAAUUUCACAUCUACAGUUAAAAUUUUCAUUUAUUAUUCAGGGUGCCUUAGAAUUGCGUACUAUGAAGUAUCAUUCUCGAGUCAAAAACUAGCGAAAGAGGUUCUUACAAACUUAAUCUUCAAUUGUUC